AUGGGCGCGAGGGGGGAUGCCUUGACGGUGGAGUUCGGGGAAGGGCGGAGUGUUGUGCUGGAGGGGGGAAGGCGAUUGGCGGAAGUGGGGACGUGGGGAAUCGGCGGGCCUGCGGAGUGGCUGGCAGAGGUGACAACAGUAGAUGAAAUGGCGGCAGUGCUUAGGUUCUGCCACAGCAACAGCAUCCGUGCUGUGGUGAUAGGCAAGGGCUCCAACUGCCUGUUUGAGGACCGCGGGUUCAGGGGGUGUGUGAUCGUCAACAGAAUCGCGUACAAGCGCGUGGAGUACACAGAUGCUGCUGCUGCUGCUUCGUCGCUUUUUGAGUCGACUCAAGUAGCGCACAAGCGCGUGGAGUACACAGACGUUGCUGCCCCUUCCUCUGUGCACAGACACAGCACCACCAGCCAUGGCGACAGCAAUAACAGCAGCGGCAGAAAUAACAGAAGCUCCAGCAACACUGGCAGCAGUAGCAGCGGAAGCAAUGACACGGACAGCAGUAGCAGCACAGGGGCAUCUGAUUGCGAUGCGUUGGUGCACGUGGGGGGAGGGUACCCGUUCAACCUACUGGGAGUGGAGUGCUCGCGAGACGGCCUCUCAGGGCUGGAGUUUGCAGGCGGCAUUCCCGGCACCGUUGGGGGCGCUGUCUUCAUGAACGCAGGGGCGGAUGGACAGGAAACAGCCGACUGUCUGCUCUCUGUGGACGUGCUCUCUCCGACCGGCACUCUCCUCUCCUUCGCUCGCUCUGACUUCACAUUCGCCUACCGCCACUCGCCCUUCCAGCACAUGCCGGACUGUGCUGCCAUAGUGGGAGCAACGUUUGGGCUGCGGAGGAGCAGUGAGGCGCGGGACAGGCAGCGACGAUACAUGGACAGGCGUCGCCAAUCCCAACCCAUCGCUGAUCGAUCCGUUGGGUGCAUUUUCCGCAACCCUGCACCCCCCUCUGCUUCUGCUCCUCUCUCUAGCGCUGCUCCUCCCGCCGGUUCCUCACCACCAGCCGGUUUACCAGCAGCUGGUGCUUCAGCAGUUGCUCUCCCUGCCUCUGCAGGUGCUCUGAUAGACCGGGCUGGGUUGAAGGGUCUGCGUGUUGGAGAUGCUUUUGUGUCGCCCAUGCAUGCUAAUUUUCUGGUUAAUGGUGGGGCGUGCAGUAGUGAGGAUAUGGAAGGGCUGAUUGUUGAGGCUCCCCCCACUUCCACUCCUCAAGACGAGUCAGCCCCCGCUUCGCAGCAACUUCCAAACCUUCCGUCGUCGCUAACUGAAGCUACUACUUCUCUCCUCGACGCUCUUAAAGCUGCGGUUAAGCCUGCGCUCGCCGCGCUCCUAAUCACCGCCGUCCUCGCCGCCGGCGCGCCGGACGCCGCGCUCGCCGCGCAAGGCGGCGGCAGAAUCGGCGGAAGCGGCUUCGGCGCCUCCCGCAUGCGCUCCUACGCCCCGCCACCCUCCGCCCCCCGCGGCGGAUACUCCUACUCCGCGCCCCCCGUGGUCGUCGCCCCGUCCGUCCCGUUCUUCGCGCCUUCCCCGUUCUUCUUUUUCGGCCCUUCCAUCGCCUACGGCGGCGGCGGCGGCGGAGGGCUCUUUAAUCUCCUCGUGAUCGGGAUCGUGAUCUGGUUCGUGUCGCAGUCGGUAAUGGGGUUUUUAAGCUCGGCGCAGGAGGAGGGGGUGUGGCAGGAGACGCAGCGCAGCAGCGUGGUGAGGCUGCAGGUCGGGCUGCUAGGCUCGGCACGGCGCCUGCAGCGGGAUCUGGAUCGGAUCGCGGAUCGCGCGGAUGCGAGCUCACCCGAGGGCCUUCAUUACAUCCUGCAAGAGACGGUGCUGGCGCUGCUGCGCAACCCGGACUACUGCAUCUACGGCUUCUCCUCUUCAGAAGUGAACAACGAUUCAUAUGCCGGCGAAGCUGCAUUUAACCGCAUGAGCAUGGAGGAGCGCAGCAAGUUCAAGGAGGAGACUCUGGUCAACGUGGACGGUAUCAGGCGGCGAGUCACGCGCAAUCCCAGCCAGGAGCGCAUGAACUCUGAAUACAUCGUGGUGACGGUGCUGGCAGCAACAGAGGGCACGCUUCGGCUGCCGGGGAUCAAAUCUGCGAGUGACCUGAGGGAAGCCCUGACUCGCCUCGGCUCCAUUCCUGCUGAUGAGCUUCAGGCUGUAGAGGUGCUCUGGACGCCCCAAGACGACGAGGACACCCUCACAGAGCGGGAUAUGCUACUUGACUACCCUCGCCUGCGGCCGCUGUGA